UGUCGCGGCUUAGUGACGACACAUUGAUUUCCGGACACCUGCUGGUCAAGUUUGGCUCAGCGACACUAGUGGAUUUUACCUAAAUACUGUAUUGCCUUUCUUUUCACAAAAUAAACGCUAAAGAGGAAGAAGCGGCGUAAUUGACUGUACAAGAAUUUCUCACAUGGAUUCCACGCGGCAGACGAAUUAAAUAUUGUCCACCACAAAGCCUAAAGCUACGCUUAGCGGGCAGUAACAUGGCAACCGGAGGUGCACCUUUAGACGACAGCGCGGACGAGCUGCACAACUGGAGCGUCACCAACGCCAGCCUGGAGGACAGACUUAACAACAUGGACUGGAGUGGCGCCCAGCAGAAAAAGGCAAACCGCUCGUCGGACAAAAACAAAAAAAAGCUGUCGGCUGCUUUGGUGGCGGAAGGCCGCCUGACCAACGACAUUUCGCCCAGUUCUACCCCCUGGAGCGGCCGACGUAGGCCAGCGCACAUGAAAUACACCAGUCAGCUCUCGGUUCCGGACCAGGCGGAGCUGGACAAGAUCCAGCAAAGGAUCCACUUCUCCGAUUUGGAUGAGAGCAUCGGUAGUGAUUCCCAGGGCCGCGUGACGGCCGCCAACAACCAGCGGCAGAUCGCGGUGGAGAACAAGAAACCUUUCAACUUUGUCCCGCUGCACAUCAACACCAACAAGAACAAGGAGCUGCUGCUGCUCCCGCCCGCCACCUCUACCCCUGCCACGCCCGUCGCCGUCAAGGAAACCAAGAAGCAGAGCGCGGCAGCGAGAGACGCCUUCACUCCCGGAGCUCCCACCAAGGAAGCGGCCGCGAGGCCAAUACGUGGCAGCGCCGAAAGAGGGGCGGGUGCGGCGGCAAACACAGACUACGAGGAAGGACAAGACAGCGUUGUCAGCAGCCUGUUGGUCAGCAAGCUGGUGCAGAUCCGCGAGUACAUCGGCAAGGCCAGCUCCAUGCGCGACGACCUGGUGGAGAAGAACGAUGUGCCGGCCAACGUGGAGCGCCUCUCUCAUCUCAUCGAGCACCUCAAAGAGCAGGAGAAGUCCUACCUGCGGUUCCUGCAGAAAAUGCUGGCUCGGAAGAACGAGGAGGACGACGGCAGGACGCAAGAUUCCGCCGUGGGUUCCGGCUCCUUGGUCGAGAGCACCUCGCUGAACGUCGACGCGAGACCUCCGGACGCAUCGAACGCGCCGGGCGACUGGCCAAACGCAUCCAUGCGAGAGCAGAAUGAGGAACUGGAGAACUUCCGGAAGCAGCACCUGCUGCUGAAGAAAAUGCUGGAGCAGCAGGAUCAGCUUCGGGCCCUGCAGGGCCGCCAAGAGGCCCUGCUGGCCAUGCAGCAAAGCGCCGAGCAAGCGCUCGCAGUCAUAGAGGACGCGGCGGUUGUCACAGAAACCACGGGCAGCGUCUCCGGGCUGAGCAUCACAUCGGAGCUCAACGACGAGCUCAAUGAUUUGAUCCAGCGCUUCCACAACCAACUGCGGGACUCUCGGAGCAAGUCCGUGCCGGACAACCGUCGUCAAGCAGAGAGCCUCUCCCUCUCCAGAGAAGUGAGCUGGUCCCGUGCUCCCGGGGCGCUCGGCCCGCCUCAGCACAGGCCCGUACUGCACUCGGCCUCCGGGCCCCACGGCGGCCUCGAUGGCGGGGGGGCGACGGCCGCAAGCGCCAAGCUCACCAAGCUCCAGGAGCUCCAAGACAAGAAAGAGACCAUGGACAAAAUCUUAGACGAACUGCACUCGCUCCGAGACCAGACGCUCAACAACAACUACUGCGGCGCGUUGUCAACGCAGCGCAGCUUGAGCACGGGCGACUCUUCGGAUUGUCCGUCUGCCAGCUGCUCAACCGGAGCCGCGGCUGCCGCGUCCUUUCAUCCAUUGCUCCCGCAACACGCGGACGCCGACAACUCCAACGACAAACUCAGAAAGCUGAAGGAGGUUCACAAGCGCCUGAACGAGCUUCGGGAAUUAGUGCAGUACUUUCAGCAGACGUCAGACAUGAUGGUGGACGCGGUUAAUGAAAAUGUGAAGGAGGACGAGGAGGAGGAGGAUGACGAGGAGGAGGAGGCGGCGACGGAGGACAGCUCCAUGCUGGAGGCCAUGUUUGAUUAUGAGCAAGAGCGGCAGUCACCCACGAACAUCAGGAACCCGCAGCGCAGUGCAAACUGGGGCGACUCGAGCAGCCUCGCGAACCGCUGCAGCGUCUCAAGUAGCGCCACAACCAACGCCAACAAUCGCGACAGUCGACUCAACAGUGAGAUCAACAACCAGUCAGCGGUCAACCUCCGCAGCUUUCAUAUGCCCUCAGCCAUUGAGUGCCAGUACAACAGGGACACGGCCUACAAUUGGGCGAAGGAUGAGGACGGGCUCAAUAAUGACGGCGGAGGCGCCGGUGCCCAACCCGGUUGCCCGGGCGACGGGGCGUCGGGCUCCGGGUCGGGCAGCAGCCUGGCCAGUGAAGCUGGCUUCUCCCAGGAGCUUCGCCAGCAGAAAUCCGAGCAGAAGCUACGCCGGCUGCAGGAGCUGGUUGCCAUGGUCCAGAGCGACGACACGGACACAACAGCCAACGAGGACGAAACUUUGCACCAACAACAGCAGAAUAACACUCGAGUUACUAUGGGGGGCCCACCGCCAGCCGCCAGACCCCAACAGGAUCCCCGGGGACCAGACGCCGCUCUGUACAGCAAGGCCAGGGAAAAGAUCUACAAAGAGAAGCUUCGUCAGCAGAAGCAGGCACUCAAGCAGCUCCACGAGGAGCGUCAGAUGCUCGGUGAGAUCCAGGGCAAGAUCCAGGACCUCCAGUUGACGUGUCCUGACCUGCAGUCCUCACUGUCCAGCCAAGCGAGCGAGCAGGGUUUAAUCUGGAAUCUUCCGGCAGCGGCGUCGACUCCAGCUGUCGCGCAGCCUUCCUCCUCCUCGUCGGCGGCAAAAGGCAGCCCGACCGUGCUCAAUCCCACCGCUCCCGAAGCCGCCGCGACUUCGGUCCCCGACAACGAGCAGCUGUGGUCGGAGAUGCGUCGCCACCAGGUGGCGCGGGAGGAGCUGCGGCAGCGGCGGAAGCACUUGGAGUCCCUGAUGGCCGAACAUCAGAGGCGCCGCGGCCUCGUCGGCUCACUCUGUGGCGCUGACGAGCAAGCGGCUCCCUCGCAGCUCGCCGCUAGUCGGGACGAAAGGACAAUGGCCACCUGGGGCUCCACCCCCUGCAACCUGGACGAGGAGGAAGAUGGCGACUAUCGCUCUGAGCGCAGCGUGGAGGAAGAGGACCGCUCGGAGAGCAGCUCUGCGGACGACGGCAGCAUCUUCCCCACCGGCAUGACUCAGCCCCUCUACAAGAAGAAGAACCAAGAAUGUAGCCCCAAGCCUCCACCAGCCGUUUCCUCCGUGCACGAGUCCCCUUAUGUCAAACCGAAGACCAAGCAGCCACAGCCGCAGCCGCCACCCCCCAGAAGUUGGAACCCGUCCGCGAGUCAGCCCGCGAACGGCAGACGUCAGGAGAACCUCUGCUGGGCCUCCGAGGUCUCGGUGGCCGAGGGCUCCACCCACUGGCAGGAGCAGAUCGGCCAGCUGCAGAGGCAGCUGGACUUCAGCACCAACAUGUGUCAGACUCUGCUGCAGGAUCAACAGAUGCUUUCAUACAUGCUGCAAAGCGUGAUGGCGGGCUCGUACGGCGCCUUGCCCAGCAACCUGACGUCCCCGCAGGUCCACCUGGUCAUGCACCAGCUCAACCAGUGUUACACGCAGCUGGCUUGGCAGCAAACCAACGUGCAAAGACUGAAGCAGGUCCUGAAUGAGCUCCUGCAGCAGCAGCAUCAGGAGGCACAACAGCAAAAACAGCAACACCCCCACCAGCCGUCGCCUUCAGCUGCAGGAUUUAGCCUGUUUCCUCUCUUCCCUGCCGCCAUGAGCCACUUCCCUCAGGGCGCGGCGAGUGCUCAUCACGCGAGUCCGGAGCAGCAGAAGCGGCCCUCGGACCCCAACGCCUCCAUCAAAACGGAGUCCAUGACUUCACCUCCUCCGCUCCAGCGCUCACCUCUUAACGUCAUGGCUGACAGACGACCCGCGGGCCGCUCCAACAAUUCCUUCCCAAACAACAGCGUCCCGCACCAUCCGCCUCCGACGGGGGAGCGCCGCCCGUCCUUCUCCCCUCCCUCGUUCACCCCGCCGCAGCGGCGCCGCAGCCCUCGGAACGAGUGCGAGCGGGCGUCGGAGGCCAGUUUUAGCAGCUUGCCCGACCGCGCCGAUCCCACCACCGUCACCAAGACCUUCAAAACGGGGCGCAAGGCCUCCGCCCAGGCCAACCUGGCCUCCCGCAGCAAAAGCCGACGCAGGCGGGGCAAAGGGCACAACAAGAACAACGAAGGUCUGGAGAGCGACAGCCUGAGCAGCACGGCGGACUUUGACCAAGAGAGGCCCGAGUCUUCUCGCCACCACGACCAGCACCUGCUGGACAAACUCACGCAGGAGAAACUGGACAGCAAAAGCAAACCGGGCAACAGACGGGACGACAUCUCCUCCGCCUAUGCUUGGAGAACACCCUUCCUCUCUAACAGAAUUGCAUGCACAGAAGCAGCAGACGCGAGCAGCGACUUCUCGUUGUUCGAGGCGCUCAGGGAGACCAUCUACUCGGAGGUGGCCACGCUGAUCUCCCAGAAUGAGUCGCGGCCUCACUUUCUCAUCGAGCUCUUCCACGAGCUGCAGCUGCUCAACACGGACUACCUGAGGCAGAGGGCGCUCUAUUCCCUGCAGGACUUGGUGAGCAGACACCUGGCGGAGAAGAGCGCCUCCCAGGAGAUGCCUCCGCUGGGCGCCGCCGCGUCCUGGGCCGCCGGGGGCUCGCAAUCUGAGCUGACGCCCAGCGAGAGCUCCACCGCCAGCGAUGUGGAAUUGGUGGGGAAGAAGAGAGAUGACAUUGAGUCCGUGGGGAAUGACAGCACCUUGUCGUCGACCACCCUGGAUCCGUUUUCCAAGGACGAUCUGGGCAACACGGUGAUCCACUUGGACAAAGCUUUAACCCGGAUGCGGCAAUACGAGCGCGUGAAGCACAAAGUGGACGCGAGCGCCGCCGCCGCCGCCGCCGACUCGGACCUCCGCGAUGCCGAAGCCGCCGCUGCCGCAGCCUCGGCCGCUGCCCCUCCAGAAGCCGCGGACGGCGGCGGCGGCGGCGGUGGCGGCGCCUCUGGUGACGUGCGCUCCCCUCAGAUCGACACCUCGCAGCUCAACCGGCAAAUCAAGGAGAUCAUGAGCCAAGUUAUUCCUUUCCUCAAGGAGAAGAUGCACGAGGCGUGCACGCCGCAGCUGCUGAGCAGUUUGCGCCGCCAAGUCCUGGCGCUCACUCGGCAGAACGACGACAGCAAAGAGUUUGUGCGCUUCUUCCACCGGCAGCUCGGCGCCAUCCUGCAGGAUUCCCUGGGCCGCUUCGUUGGCCAAACCCUGAAGGACUGCGGCGAAGACCUGCUGGUGGAGGUCUCGGACAUCCUCUUCAACGAGCUGGCCUUUUUCCGACUCAUGCAGGAUUUGGACCACGGCAUCGCCGCCUCCCCGGAAGCGGGACGCAUCGCGGAGAAGGCCCAACGUCCUCCUGAUGCCGAGCAAACUUUGAAGGGCGGCGCAGCACUCGAAGUGAAUGCCUCAGCAUCCCCCGACGAAGACACGGAUCGAGACGAAACCAAGCAGGAGGUUCCUUCUCUCUUGCCGACUGACACCAAAAGCGAAGAUGAAGAUGGCGAAGAGGCUGAUGGGCAGGCGAUGCCGCCAUCCAUCAGGCUCUCCGAAGCAGAGAGCCGGGCGCUCAACAACUACGGCAGCGGCGAGGACGAGAACGAUGACGACGGCGGGCGGGAGCCGGACGAGUUUGAGGCGGCCCCCGUGGACGUGCUGACGUCACUGCAGGUCACGGCGGAGCCGCAGGCUCAAUCGGCCGAGGAAACAAAAGAAAGUGACUUGGAGCCGGCCAACGAUGACGACGGCGACGACGUCGAGAGCAGCAAGUUGCCAGUUCCGGCUUCGAUUGAAGAUGAACCCGCCGAGACGGCGAGUUACCACUCCAAUGAAGACGAGGACCCGGACGACGUCACGGCCGCCGCUCCAGAGGAGAACAUCAAAAGCGCCGAAGUUCACGCGCCUCUUAAAGACUCAAACGCCGCCAGCACCCCCGACACGGAAUCCCCCGUCAUGAUCAGCGUGGAAGAAGCCGCCUCGGGCAACAGUAGCCAGAGGACGUCGGACGAGGACGAUUUUGUCCGGGUGGACGAUCUCCCGUUGCAGCUGCCCGUCGCCAGCCAGGAGGCGCUGCAGAAAAGGAUCGUGGAUGAGCAGCAGACCAACGACCUGCGCGUGGAAAUCCUCAGUGGCAACGCAGAAACACCGCCGGGGCUUGUGGGAAACGGCGGCCACCUGAAGGAACCAGAAUCUUCCGAAUGAGCCGUGACGUGAACAGUCGCCCAAUGAGCUUGUGUGUCGGGUUUUGCACCGUCUUCCGUUUGAGGUCAUUUUAACGAUAAUGUUAGUCGUACCUUUAAGUUGUAUUGCACACGCAUAAGUUUGUAGUUUUUCCUUCCAUAGUGUGUUGGGUUGUGGGUCGGAGUUUAAUGUCAACAAGUUCGAAACCCAUCUGAACAUUUUUCAGUCAUUAGUUUGGAGCGUGAAUUGGAAGGGUUCCUGCUCUCUCUUUAUGCAACUCAGAAACACUUGAUUGGCUUUCUUUUUGUGUUCAACUGUAAACUGAUUUUCCAUGUUCACGUCAAUGUCAGGACUGUUAGUUUUCAA